UGAUUUUGCAUUUCCGAGAACUGUUUUGCUUUUGAAUAAUUCUCCUCCCUGUCAGCUUGGCACACUGCUUUGGAUGACUGUGCAAAGCACAGCCAUCCAAAGCAGUGUGCAUACAGUGAAGCACAUUGACACAGGCCCCCUAGUAAAACACUCCCAGCACACAGUUAACCCUUUGAUCACCCCUCACGUUAACCCCUUCCUGCCCAGUGCCAUUAGUACAGUGCCACUGCUUUUUUUUUAGCACUGAUCACUGUAUUGGUGUCACUGGGGAUGUUAGUGACACCAAGUUAGUUCCUCCCAGUGUCAGAAUGCCCGCCGCAGUCCCAC